AUCCUGGCGACCUGGCCCCUGGGAGUGCGCAACCAGGAAACCCGAGUGCGAACAUGAACCAGGAAAACACCAAUCGCAAAGAGGCUCGAUGCACGGCUGGUGCAUAGUGUAUACGUAGGUCCAGGUUGGUUGUGGGUUGCUCUCGCUGGAACAGAUUGCGAGCACAAGCAAAUGAAGAUCAAAGGCAGUGCAUCGCCGCGAACAUUGUGACGUGAUCAAUAUUCAAUACCGUCAUCAACAACUCUACCUGAUCUUCCUACUUUCGAGUGCCUUUCAAAAUGAAGUCAACUUCCCUGUUCAGCGCUAUUCUGCUGGGGACAACGGUAGCCUCAAGCUCCAUUCUCUCCCGCGACUCUGGGCCAUCAUCUUCGCCAAAGGACAUGGAGCCGGAGGAUCCCAUCAUCCUCUUGAGCGAGGACGAAAGCUUCCAUUUCGAACUGCUCUUCACCCUCGGAAACACCAUAUUCGGGGCUGGCGACGUCAACGACGUCUUGGCCGCAGCGAAAGACAUCGAGGCCGGGAACUUGACCAGCUGGCUGGAGACCUUCCACGCGUUGGCCGAAUACACCAAGAAGCUAGCCGAGGAUGCGGACAAUGCGUACGAUCCAUUGAACGUCCGCGAAGCCUGGUUCGCCGCAUCGAGCUACUACCGUCAGGCCGACUUCUACAACCAUGCGAACUGGACGGACCCGCGUAUCAACAGCUUCUGGCUCGAGCAACGCGCUGCGUUCGACAAGGCGCUUGCUGCACUGCCCGUUCCUGGCGAACGUAUCCAGAUCCCGACCGACAACUUCACCAUUGAAGCAAUCUGGUACACAGCCGCAGCCGACGCGGUCAAACGGCCGACCUUGGUCAUCGGCAACGGAUACGAUGCCGGCCAGGAAGAUUCAUACCACUCGUUCGUCGUACCAGCCUUGGCCCGUGGCUGGAAUGUCAUGACCUACGAAGGGCCAGGGCAGCCCACGGUUCGUCGCAAUGAUGACAUUGGUUUCAUCCCCGAGUGGGAGAAGGUUCUCACGCCCGUGAUCGACGAGUUGAUGGACCGCAAAGGCUGCUUCGUCGAUGAAGACCGGCUGGUCCUUGUUGGCGUUUCCAUGGGUGGGUAUCUAGCCGCUCGUGCCGCUGCGUUUGAGCCUCGGAUCAAGGCUCUUAUUCUCAAUGGCGGCGUGUGGGAUAUCUACGAGGGAUACGCCGGUCAGCUGACCCCGGACCUGAAGGAACUUCUCGCUGCGGGCAAGCAAGAGGAAUUUAACGAGGCUGCCUUGCCGCUCUUGGAUAGCCCACAGGUGCCUACAACCGUGCGCUGGGGUCUAGGACACGGACUGUGGUGCUUCAAACAGCAUUCCCCGUACCUAUGGCUCCAAUCGCUCAAGCAGUACACUCUCAAGAACGUUGUUGACAAGAUCAACGUACCCGUCCUUGUCGUCGAUUCCGAGUUCGAGGGGUUCUUCGCUGGCCAGCCGGAGGUUGUCAAGGACGCACUGGGCGAUAAGGCAACUUACAAGUUCUUCAAUGGAACAGCUGGAUAUCACGUCCAAGUUGGAGCUGGGCAGGAGUGGAACAGGUACCAGUUUGCCUGGCUGAACAAGACACUAGGAUGAGCAGGAGUAGCUUCAAUGUGUCGUGACCCGGCUUGGAGGUUAGCCAAAAAGGUCGUGUGUAUUAGAUCGCAAUAGAUGUAU